AUGGGAUUCGACGCUGUCAUGAUCUCACCAAUCGUCAAGAAUGUGGAAGGCCGUGUACCUUACGGCGAGGCUUAUCAUGGCUACUGGGUUCAGGACAUGUAUUCCCUGAACUCGCACUUCGGAACCAAACAGGACCUACUUGAUCUGAGUAAGGCACUGCACGAUCGCGGAAUGUACCUCAUGAUGGACACGGUGAUCAACAACAUGGCUUAUAUCAACAAGGAUGGAGACUCCAUGGCUGAUAUCGACUAUUCUCGUCUCCACCCUUUCAACGAUCCGAAGUAUUUCCACCCGUACUGCAAGAUCACGGACUAUGAUGAUUACCCAUUGGCCCAGAAAUGCUGGACAGGAGACCAAAUCGUGCCGCUUCCAGACCUGAAGACGGAGGACAAGAAAGUACAGGCCAUGCAGUUGGAUUGGAUCAAAGAGACAAUAUCAAACUAUUCAAUUGAUGGGUUACGUCUAGACGCCGCGAAACAUAUCACUCCGGAUUUUCUCCCUGUGUUUCAAGAGGAAGCCGAUACAUUUAUCACGGGGGAAGUAUUCGACAAAUCAGUCAAAAGAAUCUGUGGCUACCAGAACAAACUAACCAGUGUUCCGAACUAUCCCAUCUAUUAUUCUCUUCUGGACGCCUUCACCCUAGGCAAUACCAGCUCUCUACCGGACCAGGUAGAAGUGAUGAAGAACAACUGCCCCGAUGUAAACGCUAUGACUUCAUUCUCCGAGAAUCAUGACGUUGUUCGAUUCGCCAGUCUCAAAGACGACAUAACACUCGCCAAAAACGUCAUCACCUUCACAUUGCUCUUCGACGGCAUUCCCAUCAUCUACCAAGGCCAAGAACAGCACUUGAACGGCAGCCACGACCCCUCGAACCGCGAAGCCCUCUGGCUCUCGGGCUACAAUACCCAAACGCCCCUAUACAAAGCGACGGCCGCACUGAACCGGCUCCGCAAGCAUGCCUCCCGCGUCGAUCCCGAAUACUUGAAUACCCCGACCUACCCGAUCUACAAGGGCCUCAGCGAGAUGGGAUUCCGGAAGGGCCGCGAAGGACGACAGGUCGUCAUGGUGCUGUCCACGCAGGGAUCGCAGAGUGGCGAGUACACGGUCCGGAUGAUGAACGGAUACCAGCCAUCUUAUGUGGUCAUUGACGUGUUCAGCUGUAAGACAUACGAGAUUAACGAUAUGGGUGAGCUACGGUUAGAUAUGGAUAAGGGGGAGCCGCGCGUGCUUUAUCCGACGAAUUUGAUGUAUGGGAGUGGGCUGUGUGGGUAUGAGAGUGCGAAUGUGUCGUAUCGCGACUUUGAGAAGAAGAAGCCGAACGCUUUUGCGUCUGCGUCUGCUUCGUCUUCGUCUUCCUCUGGUCUGACGUCGGGGUCUGGAAUCUUGGUCGUCUUGGACAGUCGGCAAUUCAUCUCAUGGGUUUGGGUGUCAUUGUUUGUCUGCCUGGUUUUGCUUGUGGCGUAG